UGGAUAGUGGCCUGUACCCUGGGCUCAUCUGGCUACACAGGGACUCCAAGCGCUUCCAGAUUCCCUGGAAACAUGCCACCCGGCAUAGCCCCCAACAAGAGGAGGAAAAUACCAUUUUCAAGAACGUGAUGUCCUGAAGAAAGCAUAGAGAUCUGAGACUGUAUUAGCAGCCGGGGAGAGUGGAUAUCCCGUGAGUGGAAACAGACAUGCCAUUGGACCUGGAAACUGAAAACCAGAGUGGAGGAGCCAAAGUGGUUUUAGCUCAUGCCACCAGCCCCUGGUGUUUGCAGCAAAGUAUUUCCAGUGAAGUGGGACUCUGAGGAACUAGGGAAGGGCAGGGGGUGGGGGUUUACUAGGACAUGGGGUCAGCUGAAUGAGGCCCUCAGUGUUCAGCUGAACUCCCAGAGUGUGCUUCCUGUCCUCCUACAGGCUCUUAUUCCUAAAGGUACUUGUUUUCUACAAUUAUUUAAGCAUCAGAUUGAGGGAUGUAGGGGGGAGGGAACAGCAAGGCCAAACUCUUCAUAUCACAUGCCAUCUCCUUCUGUCUUGUAAGUAAUUAAUGUCAAAACAAAUAAGCCAAAAAAAUUUACCUGAAAUCCUGCUAUCCAAAGUUACCACUAGCAUUUUGGUGUAUAUAGUUGACGUUUGAACAAUAUGGGUUUGAACUGUGCAGGUCCGCUUAUAUGCGGAUUUUUUUGACAAAUACAGUACUGUGUAUUUUUCUUAUGAUUUUCUUACUAGCAUGUCUUUUCUCUAGCUUAUUUCAUUGUAAUACAGCAUAUGAUAUACAAAAUAUGUGUUAAUCGACUGUUACCAGUAAGGCUUCUGGUCAACAGGAGGCUAGUAAUAGUUAAGUUUUGGGGAGUCAAAAAUUAUAUGUGUGGAUUUUUGGGGCACCUGGGUGGCUGAGUCGGUUAAGUGUCUGACUUGAUUUCGGCUCAGAUCAUGGUCUCAUGGUUCAUGAGUUUGAGCCCUUCACUGGGCUCUGCACUGACAGUGCAGAGCCUGCUUGGGAUUCUGUCUGUCUGUGUGUCUGUCUGUCUGUCUGUCUCUCUCUCUCUCUCUCUCUCUCUGCCCCCUUCCCCACUCGCUCUCUCUUUCUCAAAAUAAAUAAAAAAAAAAAUUAAAAAUGUAUGUGGAGUUUUGACUGUGCAAGGGGUCAGUAUUCCUGACCCCUAUAGUGUUCAAGAGUGAAUUGUAUUUUUUUCCAGACUUUUCUUUAUUUUCAACCCUCGUUACAGCCACUCUUGACAGGUGGUGCUGGCAUCAACACUUGAGAUGAGGCUCCUCCUUUCAAAAGAUUGUGUUUACUUAUGGCUUAAUUUCCCUCAGGCCCUGCUUUGCCUGGUCCUGAGGGUGGUGUUUCCUGCUACAGCAGGCUCUCUAAAUUGGGAUUGGGAUGGUGGGGCAGCAAGGCAGGGGUGUGUGUGCAUGUGUGUCUGUAUGGGAGAGGGUGAGUACACUUUGUACUGGGCAACAGCAGACAUUCACUACAGUUUCCUAUUCUUCAGGCCUGGGCUGUGGAGACUGGGAAGUACCAGGAAGGAGUGGAUGACCCUGACCCGGCUAAAUGGAAGGCCCAGCUCCGCUGUGCUCUCAACAAGAGCAGGGAAUUCAACCUGAUGUAUGAUGGCACCAAGGAAGUGCCCAUGAACCCAGUGAAGAUAUAUCAAGUGUGUGACAUCCCCCAGCCUCAGGGGUCAAUCAUUAACCCAGGAUCCACUGGAUCUGCUCCUUGGGAUGAGAAGGAUAAUGAUGUAGAUGAAGAAGAUGAGGAAGAUGAGCUUGACCAGUCACAGCACCAUGUUCCCAUCCAGGACACCUUCCCCUUCCUGAACAUCAAUGGUUCUCCCAUGGCACCAGCCAGUGUGGGCAACUGCAGUGUGGGUAACUGCAGCCCUGAAGCAGUGUGGCCUAAAACUGAACCUCUGGAAAUGGAAGUACCCCAGGCACCCAUACAGCCUUUCUAUAGCUCUCCAGAGCUGUGGAUAAGCUCUCUCCCCAUGACUGACCUGGACAUCAAGUUUCAGUACCGUGGGAAGGAAUAUGGGCAGACCAUGACGGUGAGCAACCCCCAGGGCUGCCGGCUCUUCUAUGGGGACCUGGGUCCCAUGCCUGACCAAGAGGAGCUCUUCGGUCCUGUCAGCCUGGAGCAGGUCAAGUUCCCAGGUCCAGAGCACAUCACCAAUGAGAAGCAGAAGCUGUUCACCAGUAAACUGCUAGAUGUCAUGGACAGAGGACUGAUCCUAGAGGUCAGCGGUCAUGCCAUUUAUGCCAUCAGGCUGUGCCAGUGCAAGGUGUACUGGUCUGGGCCAUGUGCCCCAUCACCUGUUGCCCCCAACCUGAUUGAGAGACAAAAGAAGGUCAAACUAUUCUGUCUGGAAACAUUCCUUAGUGAUCUCAUUGCCCACCAGAAAGGACAGAUAGAGAAGCAGCCGCCAUUUGAGAUCUAUUUAUGCUUUGGGGAAGAAUGGCCAGAUGGGAAGCCCCUGGAAAGGAAACUCAUCUUGGUUCAGGUCAUUCCGGUGGUAGCUCGGAUGAUCUACGAGAUGUUUUCUGGUGAUUUUACACGGUCCUUUGACAGUGGCAGUGUCCGCCUGCAGAUCUCAACUCCGGACAUCAAAGAUAACAUCGUUGCUCAGCUGAAACAGCUGUACCGCAUCCUCCAAACCCAGGAAAGCUGGCAGCCCAUGCAGCCUACCCCCAGCAUGCAACUACCCACUGCCCUGCCAGCCCAGUAAUCAUGAAUGACAUCUUUUUUUUUUUUUACAGUAUUGUACAUAUGGAUAUUUUUUAUUCAGAUUUAACCAGCUCUUAAACCUCUCCUUUCUUACGAUCUUACAAUGGUCUCCAACUCUCCACAUACGCUUGACUUUUAAAGUUGAUUUAAUUUAUGGAAAAAUCACCCUUCAUAUCCCCCCUUUCUUUUUUAAACCUCCCCAUGUUAGUGUAAUGUAGUAGGAGAUUUGACCUGGGAGUUUGGACACCAGCCUUCUAGCUGCACCUCUGCUUCAGUGGUAUGACCUUGAACUACCGAGUUAUUUAACCUCUAGGCUUCAGAUUCAUUACUGUAAAAUGAAGGGGUGGAACAAUGCCUGAAACAAUGCCAGCUUUAAAACUCUGGCCUGAUGACUUCAUUCUACUUGUACAAGGCAAAAAAACUGCCUGGAACAGAACCCUUUUGCAUUGUUCUAGCACUAUUUUUUUUCCUUUUAUUAAAGUUCCUUCAAGCACUGAUUUGUCCAAGAUUGAUCACCGUUUGACCUGUUCUGCUAGUAUAGUAAGCUUGGCUCCCUGACGGGGUAAGAGCGAGGGAGGGGAACUGGCUAGUUGCUUAGGAACCAAGCUUGAUAUCUAAAUAGAAAUAUGUGCCAAAGUCUGAAAGUCACCUGGUCUGUGGAGUAAAGCCUCAUAAACUGAGCUUCUAAAGGGAAUCUGUCAACAGAAGGCCUAGGGAUUAUGCAGAAUUGGUUGUCUGGUAUCUACCUUGCCACCACUCAAAUAACACUGUGGUGGGGGGGGGGGGUGCAGGGGCGGGUGUAGAUAAGAGUAUAUGACUCAGUGGUACUCUUCAGAAAAGACAGAGCUCUUUUUCCUUUUUUUCUUUGAGGAAGACCUGGGAGUGUGCUGGGCCAUGUAGGACAAACUCGUGACUACAACAGGGACACUUCGUUCUUGUUUGGAAACUUUUACAAUUUUACUACCCUUUGGAUUUUUUGCUGUUGGAAAAAUGGGGUAUCCAGUUUUAAGGCCAAAGUGAAGGAGGACUAGGCUGUGCUCUUCUGCAAAAGGCUCACCUAGCCCAAACCUGCUUGUCUCCCUUCUUGUGGAGGUGGCUGGGCGUGAAGGACUCAGGUGAAGAAUGGUGUAGAACACUGCAACUAUGGCUGCCACAGACUGGUCUUAUCUGUUAACUUUUGCUCCAUCCCUGACCUCUCUGUCCUACCCCCCAACCUUUUUUUUUUUUUUUUUUUAAAGACAAGCAUAAUUGAAACUCUAAAACCUAAAUGGAGAACAAGAUGUUAAUCUCUGGUUGCAGGCCCCUAAUCCUCUUGAAUACUGAUGCCUAUCCAUGCCAGGCCAUAAUGAGAAAACCCCUGUCUAGUGUGCUGCACUUAAACCAGGCCAUCCCCCAUUUGCUACUGAAGUUGAGCUAGCUGAAAAGUCAGGCAGCUUCAAAAGCCUUAGGCUCAAUUCAGUCACAGGUGGCAGUGGGACUUAUUUGGAAUGCUAAAGCUGUGGUUUUAGGGUCUCUAAGGGACCUAGUGGGAUCUGCUGUUACUAAAGUAUGACCAAGAGAAAUCUGGGUAAAUGUCAGGUGUUGAUCUGUGAGCAGAAGUUGGGCUUCUAGAAACUAGAAAACAUGCAAGGUAUAGAACCUUUAUAUUUUUUGAUCAUUUUGUUGAGUGGGUGACGUGAAGGAUUUGGUCUUUGUGUCUGGCUGCCUCUGUCUAUACCUGCCCAGCUCAAAGUUAAAAAGAACCCACUGUAGGUAAACUGGGAGGGCAACUGCUAGAUCUGGGUAGUGCUUUUCCCUUAUUCUUGGAGAGGCUGAUAGCCAGUCUGUCCAUCUGGCUGGGGGUCCAGAUAAUAUGAGCUAGCGGUGUUGAAAAUUGUGUUUUGAAGGGCCAAGAAGGGUCAAACUUCCAGUAUGUGACUGUAAUAAAAAAUCCA